AUGCAGCGCACUUCAUCACACACUCUCUUCCUGCGUGACCUCCCCCUCUACACGCCACUUCCCCACCACCAGGUGAAGUGCUGGCGCUACCAUGACAGUGACGCCCAGGUGGCCCUGAUAGGCGAUGCAGCGCACUCCAUGCUGCCCUCUCUAGGCCAGGGCUGCAAUGCCUCCAUCACGGACGCGCUCGUGCUGGGCAGGUUGCUGCUGGGGGAGGUGGUAUCUGAGAACGACAGGGUCCCCCGCCCCCUGGGCAAGGAUGGCGCUGCUGCUGGUGGUGGGGAUGGAGGGGCAAGCAUAGAUGUACCAGAGGUUGAGGAGUUGAGGGCAGGCCUUGCAGCCACUCUCUCCCGUUAUUCCGCUCUCCAGCACAGAGGUGGGUGUGGGUAA